GGGCAUGACUGUCUCUUUUGAGCAGACACACACUCCCUUUUCUUGAGUGUGUAUUUUUUGCUUUGUGAUACAUCUCUGCACUUUGACUCUUCUUCAACUCAUCCUUGAAUUCCUUCUCACAAAAGUAUCAAGAGCCUGGACGCCGGCCAGGGUUGAGGUCCUGCUGGUGUUGGGGGACCUCCCCAAGCCCACCGGUAUCAAUAGCAUAUGGUCUGUGGCAGUGAUUAAGGAGCAAAACACUUGGAACCCACAAGACUCCCAGAAGGUGAAGUCAAGAGCUCCCAGGCACAUAAGGUUAUUAGAACAGCAAACUGACAACCCAAAUAACUUUACGGAGACUUUCAACCUACCAACAAGUUGGAUGAGGGAUUAAAAACCAACAGCCAACAACCCCAAGCACCAAACUGAAGGAAACACUGUAACCUUCACGGACAGACUGGAAGUUGGAUGGGGACCUGGCUGAGGACAUCUGGAGAAUGAAAGUUAAGUACCAGCUUGGAUUUUUGUGCCCCUAGAUUAUUUUUGCAUGUAAAAAUAAGAAGAUUCAAAUUGUGUGUCUCUGUGUAAAAGUUCUAGCAAUUUGUUUUAAGGUGAACUUAUUUUGGCUUAAGGACUACAAAAAGAGAAGGUAAUUCCGAGGGAAGAAAGAAGAGAAAGAAAUGAAAAUUAGAGAAUGAGUUUAUUUUGACUGACUUCAGAUAGUGAGGGGUAUGUGCUUGUGAAUGUAUAUUUGAGAGACGUGGCUCAUGCCUGUGGGUCUCCCUUCUAGUGUCACCGAGGGGAGGGGUUGUUGAAGAAGAAACGGAGGGGAAGAAACCUGAGCUCUCUGGGAGGAAAUUCAAAGGAACCAAGAGAAAUUAAGUUCAUUCUGCAAGGACUAAAAUAGAGCAGGAAGAGAGAUAUCAAGGGUGAAGCGUGCAGGAAGCACAUGUGGCAGGAAGGCAUAGAAGCCGCGCUGGCAGAGUGGCCAGCAGGUAGCCAGCAGAGGCAUUCUUGAGGCUAUUUGAAAAAGUUUGGUCUGUGAACAAAACUGUUUCCCUGGUGACUGCAAAUCUAUUGCUAGCUGCCCCUUUCUCUUCUGCCCAUCACUCUGGUGUGGUACCCAGAACUUGACUUCUGGUUCUGUAGAAAGAACUGUGGGAGGUAUGAUGUGCUUAAAGAUCCUGAGAAUAAGCCUGGCUGUUUUGGCUGGGUGGGCAUUCUGUUCUGCCAGCUCUGAGCUGGGCUGGACACACAAGAAAUCCUUGAUUCAGAGGGAACACCUGAGUCAGGUGCUGUUGGAAGGAGAACAUUGUUGGCUGGGAGCCAAGGUUCGAAAACCCAGAGCUGCUCCACAGCAUCACCUCUUUGGAGUCUACCCCAGCAGGGCUGGGAACUACCUAAGGCCCUACCCUGUGGGAGAGCAGGAAAUCCACCAUACAGGACACAGCAAACCAGACACUGAAGGAAAUGCUGUGAGCCUUGUUCCCCAAGACCUGACUGAAAAUCCAGCAGGACCGAGGAGUGCAGCCGAACAGCCAGCUGCCCCGUGGGUAGGGGAUGGUCCUGUUGGGCAAUCUGAGCUGUUGGGAGAUGGUGACACUUAUCUUGAAAAUCAAGGAUCCAAGAAGUCUCUAGGUGGGGCUGGGACUCAGAAAGUUUCGGCCAUGGCUGCCACCACUACCACCACCAUCUUCGCAACCCUGAAGGAACCCAAACCAGAGACCCAAAGGAGGGUCUGGGCCAAGUCCAGGCAGCAUCGCCAAGUGUGGAAGAGGCAGAAGGAAGACACACCUUGGUCCAAGCAUUCCCUUAAGCACAGGGUCAGAAAGAGUCCGCCAGAGGACGGAACCCAAAAUGGUAGAGAGGACUCCUACCGGGAAGCAGAGACCUUCAACUCCCAAGUAGGACUGCCCAUCUUAUACUUCUCUGGGAGGCGGGAGCGGCUGCUGCUGCGUCCAGAAGUGCUGGCUGAGAUUCCCCGGGAGGCGUUCACGGUUGAAACCUGGGUUAAACCGGAGGGAGGACAGAACAACCCAGCCAUCAUUGCAGGUGUGUUUGAUAACUGCUCCCACACUGUCAGUGACAAAGGCUGGGCCCUGGGAAUCCGCUCAGGGAAGGACAAGGGAAAGCGGGAUGCUCGCUUCUUCUUCUCCCUCCGUACCGACCGCAUGAAGAAAGCCACCAUCUUGAUUAGCCACAGUCGCUACCAACCAGGCACAUGGACCCACCUGGCAGCCACUUACGAUGGACAGCGUAUGGCUCUGUAUGUGGAUGGCACUCAGGUGGCUAGCAGUCUUGGCCAGUCUGGUCCACUGAACAGCCCCUUCAUGGCAUCCUGCCGCUGUUUGCUCCUUGGGGGAGACAGAUCUGAAGAUAGACACUAUUUCCGUGGACACCUGGGCACACUGGUUUUCUGGUCAACCGCCCUCCCACAAAGCCAUUUUCAAAACAGUUCUCAGCAUUCAAGUGGGGAGGAGGAGAUGACUGACUUGGUCCUGACAGCGAGUUUUGAGCCUCUGAACACAGAAUGGGUUCCCUUUAGAGACGAGAAAUACCCACGACUUGAGAUUCUCCAGGGCUUUGAGCCAGAGCCUGAGAUUCUGUCGCCUUUGCAGCCCCCACUCUGUGGGCAAACGGUUUGUGACAAUGUGGAAUUAAUCUCCCAAUACAAUGGAUACUGGCCCCUUCGGGGAGAGAAGGUGAUACGCUACCAGGUCGUGAACAUCUGUGAUGAUGAGGGCCUAAACCCCAUUGUGAGUGAGGAGCAGAUUCGUCUGCAGCACGAGGCACUGAAUGAGGCCUUCAACCGCUACAACAUCAGCUGGCAGGUGAGCGUCCACCAGGUCCACAAUUCUACCCUGCGACACCGGGUUGUGCUUGUAAACUGUGAGCCCAGCAAGAUUGGAAAUGACCAUUGCGACCCCGAGUGUGAGCACCCACUCACAGGCUAUGAUGGGGGUGACUGCCGCCGGCAGGGCCGCUGCUACUCCUGGAACCGCAGGGAUGGGCUCUGUCAUGCUGAGUGCAACAACAUGCUGAACGACUUUGAUGAUGGGGACUGCUGCGACCCCCAGGUGGCCGAUGUGCGCAAGACCUGCUUUGACCCUGACUCACCCAAGAGGGCAUACAUGAGUGUGAAGGAGCUGAAGGAGGCCCUGCAGCUGAACAGUACUCACUUCCUCAACAUCUACUUUGCCAGCUCAGUGCGGGAAGAACUUGCAGGUGCUGCCACCUGGCCUUGGGACAAGGACGCUGUCACUCACCUGGGUGGCAUUGUUGUCAACCCAGCCUAUUAUGGGAAGCCUGGCCACAUUAACACCAUGAUCCAUGAAGUCGGGCAUGUUCUGGGACUCUACCAUGUCUUCAAAGGGGUCAGUGAAGGAGAAUCCUGCAAUGACCCCUGCAGAGAGACGGUGCCGUCCAUGGAAACAGGAGACCUCUGUGCCGACACCGCCCCCACUCCCAAGAGUGACCUGUGCAGGGAACCAGAGCCCACGAAUGACACCUGUGGCUUCACUAGCUUCCCAGGAGCUCCGUUCACCAACUACAUGAGCUACACAGAUGAUAACUGCACUGACAAUUUCACCCCGAACCAAGUGGCCCGAAUGCAUUGCUAUUUGGACCUGGUCUAUCAGCAGUGGACUGAAAGCAGAAAGCCCACCCCCAUCCCCAUCCCACCCAUGGUCAUCGGACAGACCAACAAGUCCCUUACUAUCCACUGGCUGCCUCCUAUUAGUGGAGUUGUAUAUGACAGGGCCUCAGGCAGCAUGUGUGGCGCUUGCACUGAAGAUGGGACAUUUCGUCAGUAUGUGCACACAGCUUCCUCCCGGCGGGUGUGUGACUCCUCAGGUUACUGGACCCCAGAGGAGGCUGUGGGUCCUCCUGAUGUGGAUCAGCCCUGCGAGCCGAGCUUGCAGACAUGGAGCCCUGAGGUUCACCUGUACCACAUGAACAUGACGGUCCCCUGCCCCACAGAAGGCUGUAGCCUGGAGUUGCUCUUCCAACACCCGGUCCAAGCUGACACUCUCACCCUAUGGGUCACUUCCUUCAUCAUGGACUCUUCUCAGGUCCUGUUUGACACAGAGAUCUUGCUAGAAAACAAUAAGUCUGUGCACCUGGGCCCCUUAGACACUUUCUGUGACAUCCCACUCACCAUCAAACUGCACGUGGAUGGGAAGGUCUCAGGAGUGAAAGUCUACACCUUUGAUGAGCGGAUAGAGAUUGACGCAGCGCUCCUGACUUCUCAGCCCCACAGUCCCUUGUGCUCCGGCUGCAGGCCAGUGAGGUACCAGGUUCUCCGUGAUCCCCCAUUUGGCAGUGGUUUGCCCAUGCUGGUGACACAUCCUCACAGGAAGUUCACAGACACGGAAGUCACACCUGGGCAGAUGUAUCAGUACCAAGUUCUAGCCGAAGCUGGAGGAGAACUGGGAGAAGCUUCACCUCCUCUGAACCACAUCCACGGAGCUCCUUAUUGUGGAGAUGGGAAGGUGUCAGAGAGCCUGGGAGAAGAGUGUGAUGAUGGAGACCUCGUGAGCGGAGAUGGCUGCUCCAAGGCAUGUAAGCUGGAGGAAGGUUUCAACUGUGUAGGAGAGCCAAGCCUUUGCUACAUGUAUAAGGGAGAUGGCACAUGUGAACCUUUUGAGAGAAAAACCAGCAUUGUGGACUGUGGCGUCUACACUCCCAAAGGAUACUUGGAUCAGUGGGCUGCCCAGGCUUACUCCUCUUAUGAAGACCAGGAGAAGUGUCCUGUUUCCUUGGUAACUGGAGAACCUCAUUCCCUGAUUUGCAAAUCAUACCAUCCAGAUUUGCCCAACUACCGUCCCCUAACUGGCUGGUUUCCCUGUGUUGCCAGUGAAAAUGAAACUCAGGAUGACAGGAAUGAGCAGCCAGAAGGUAGCCUGAAGAAAGAGGAUGGGGUUUGGCUCAAAGUAUGUUUCAAUAGACCAGGAGUGGCCAGAGCAAUUUUAAUUUUUUUGACCACUGAUGGCCUAGUCCCUGGACAGCAUCGGCAGCCAACAGUGACUGUCUACCUGACCGAUGUCCAUGGAAGCAACCACCUUCUUGGAACCUAUGGACUGUCAUGCCAGCAUAACCCACUGAUAAUCAAUGUGAUCCACCACUGGAACGUCGUCUUCCCCCAUACCACCUCAGUGCUGCUGAAUUUCUCAUCCCCACGGAUCGGCAUCUCAGCUGUGGCUCUAAGGACAUUCUCCCACUUUGGUCUUUCGGCUCCCAGUAACUGCAUCUCAGAGGACGAGGGGCAGAAUCAUCAGGGACAGAGCUGUGUCCAUCGGCCCUGUGGGAGGCACGACAGCUGUCCGUCAUUGCUGCUUGAUCACGCUGAUGUGAUAAACUGUACCUCUGUAGGCCCAGGUCUUAUGAAGUGUGCUAUCACUUGUCAAAGGGGAUUUGCCCUUCAGGCCAGCAGUGGGCAGUACAUCAGACCCAUGCAGAAGGAAGUUCUGCUCACAUGUUCUUCUGGGCACUGGGACCGGAAUGUGAGCUGCCUUCCCGUGGACUGCGGUGUUCCUGACCCAUCUUUGGUGAACCAUGCAAACUUCUCCUGCUCAGAGGGAACCAGCUUUCUGAAACGCUGCUCAAUCUCUUGUCUCCCACCAGCCAAGCUGCAAGGACUGAGCCCGUGGCUGACAUGUCUUGAAGAUGGUCUCUGGUCUCUCCCUGAAGUCUACUGCAAGUUGGAGUGUGAUGCUCCCCCUGUUAUUCCGAAUGCCAACUUGCUCCUGCCUCACUGCCUCCAGCCCAACCAUGACGUGGGCACCGUCUGCAAAUAUGAGUGCAAACCAGGGUACUACGUGGUGGAGAGUGCCGAGGGUAAAGUCAGGAACAAGUUCCUGAAGAUACAAUGCCUGGAAGGUGGUAUCUGGGAGCAAGGCAGCUGCAUUCCUGUGGUGUGUGAGCCACCUACUCCUGUGUUUGAAGGCAUGUAUGAAUGUACCAAUGGCUUCAACCUGGACAGCCAGUGUGUGCUCAACUGUAACAAGGAAAGUGAAAAGCUUCUUAUCCUAUGCACUAAAGAGGGACUGUGGACUCAGGAGUUUAAGCUGUGUGAGAAUCUGCAAGGAGAAUGCCCACCACCUCCGUCAGAGCUGAAUUCCGUGGAGUACAAAUGUGAACAAGGAUACGGGAUUGGUGCAGUGUGUUCCCCGCUGUGUGUAAUCCCCCCCAGUGAUCCCGUGACGCUGCCUGAGAACAUCACUGCUGACACUCUGGAGCACUGGAUGGAACCUGUCAAAGUCCAGAGCAUUGUGUGUACUGGCCAGCGUCAAUGGCACCCAGACCCCGUCCUGGUCCACUGCAUCCAGUCGUGUGAGCCCUUCCAAGCAGAUGGUUGGUGUGACACUAUCAACAACCGAGCCUACUGCAACUAUGACGGGGGAGACUGCUGCUCUUCCACGCUCUCCUCCAAGAAGGUUAUUCCAUUUGCUGCUGACUGUGACUUGGAUGAGUGCACCUGCCGAGACCCCAAGGCAGAAGAAAAUCAGUAACUGUGGGAACAAGCCCCUCCCUCCACUGCCUCAGAGGUAGUAAAAAAGAGAGGCAGACCCAGGAGGAAACAAAGGGUGAAUGAAGAAGGACAGUAGUGAAGUGGAGGAAGGAGGAAGAGUAUGAAGGAUCUUAUAAGAAAUGCAUGAGGAUAUUGAUAGGUGCCAACUAAUACAGCGAGUACUCCAAGUAGGGGAGAGUCAUAGGCAAAAGUUUCUUUCAAGUAGCAGUUGAUUAACAUGGAAGGGGAAAUAUGAUAGAUAUAUAAGGACCCUCCUCCCUCAUUUAUAUUCUACUCAAUCCUAUCCUCAGCUCUUGCCCUGCUCCCCACUCUACACCCUGCCAACUAUUCAGUCCCACCCAACUUGUAAACCAAUACCAAAAUCCUAGAGGAGAAUUUGGCAGGGAUACUCUGCUAAUACCCAUUUCUAAUGGAUUGCCAUCUUUCAGAGCUUGUCUGCUCUCAGCUGGCUCUUUUUCCGUUUGUGUAGUCUCCCUUAAAUAAUGAAGUUAGUUAUUCUUUAUAAGUAUUUAAACAUAAUUAUAUAAAUAUAUAUAUAUUAUAUUUUUUGCUGUUUACUAAGCUAAAAAUCACUCUUUGUUCCACACAUGCUGCUGUGAAGUUCAGAUUGAAUGCUGAGACUUUGAGGACAGACAGGCAACUUAUUUUCCCAUCUUUCUAUGGAUGAGGAUUGGCAGGUUGAAUGGGAAGUGCAGAAGGAGAGAGAGUAAUUACAUGGAAUUCUGGAGGCCAGCAUGUAAAGUUAAUUAUCUUUUUCUAUGACCUGGGAGCCGGGCCCAUUUGUGACCAAGGAGAUGGGGAGUUAGAAUGGUGGUACUAAGAGGCUUAGGAAGUUGGGUGUGAGUACCCACUGGGGAUGGGUCCAGAACUAGAUAAUGGUUCUUGAGCAUCUGUCCACAAAGCAUAUAUUAACUUGUGUCCAUUUCUCAGAACUUUCAACUGGAGUUGGUGAGACCCAGGAUUCUCUGCACUUCCAUACGUGCCUGUUCCAAGGGUGGCUCUCGGCCAGCCAGCCGGUCAACAAGUUUGUAUUAGAGCCCAUUCUCUGAUCACCAGGAUUACAGGAACUCACACGAUCCUCAUACUUGGCCUGUGGUCCCACUUCUUGUUAGAAGUCUCCAAGCCUGGCUAUCACUCACAGUCACAUGACCAAGUGUUGAUUUUUUUUUUCUGGGGAAAAAAUAUUAUGGAAAUGACACAGGGGAAAGGUGGGAGGAGAAGAAAGCACAGGCAGGAAUGGAGGAGCCAAAGAGGACUGUGGAGAAGUGAGCAGUCAGGGUUAAACUAAAGCCUGGGCAUGAGAAUGGAAGUGAUCAGGGAGAUUCGGUCCUUGUUCCAAGUCUCCAAAGAAGACCCAAGUGGGUCCCUUGAGCAAUGAAGAAUCUGAGAUAAAUUCUUGUCCAGUAUCAUGUACAAAAUCUGUGAGCUAGAGAUUCUGACUUCAGCAAGCUAUGAGAAUACGUGGAGCAAGGGCGACACUCUGUGGGCAGACAGAAGAAUUUCAACUAUUUAGGGUCCAUUUUGUUGUUGUUCCGCUUUCUUAUCCAAUACAUGGACUGCACGUGAAAUGACCACAUUAAGCCUCUCUCUAUUUACAUCCCAGGGUCACUGGGAUGUGGUCUAUUGCAGUUACAUUUCCUUGUAACAGUUUCUGGAUUAGGCCUUAGGGAAAGAGAGUAAGGAGCCAAUUUCUCUUUAAUAUUCUAGUUUUACUCAUUUUAGGAAGGCUGUGAGGCUUGUCUCCCUUAAAGUUUCUUCUCCAGUGGAAACCAAGAACAGACAAAACUUAGAUCUCAACCGUGGUCUCUCUCCAUCUUCUGCUCUUUUGCUUUGACCACAGUUUUCCUACUUUUCCCAUCAACACCAGAGAAACAGUUUUGCAAAUAGGAAUAGGAAAUGCUACCACAACUAUAGAAAUAUUAUCUGUAUUAUCAUGUAGGGAAGAAGAAUAUCCUGAAAGGGAAUAAAACAAGAAUAAGGUGAUAUACCCAUAUUAAUCUGUGGGUUUGUGGAAUGAGGGUGUCAAAGUCAUUGGGAGAAGGAAAGAGCAGAGUUCACCUACUCAAAAAAAAUCUUUUGUUUCGUCCUCUAAUUUCUAGCACAAAGAAGAUGUAGCUCAGAUACCACUCAUUGUCUUGAGUCAUGCUUAGUGCCCCCAAUAAGACAAACAUAUUUAUUAUUGGGAUUCUGAUAGGCUUCCAUAUGCAAAGGACAAUGGAAAAGUUUAGACACCCCAUUUUGUUUGAUUGGGGAAAAUGUCCAAAUUGCUGGAAGUGUGCUAAGUUCUGCCUUGGGGAAUCCUAUCUUGUCUGAGAUUGAGGCAGAGGAAUUGUUAUCCUGGGGAUUCCGCAGCUCAGGAACAUGGAGCCUGUGGUUCAUGCCGGUGUGCGUCUGCGUGCAGUCUCUCCACAAGCGCAAUAGUAAGAACAUUCGUGUUUUAAAUUUCAUUUUUAAGUAUUUUAUUCUCUGCACUUCACCACUGCUUUGGAAAGGCAAAAGGAAAGUUCCUGUUGUGUGUGAAGAGCCCCUUAGGCGAUCAGGCUUCCCAGUCAUUGCUGUAGCUAUUCAGAGACAGCAGGUUCUUCCAGUCUCUGUUCCUGGGGCCUGAGGUUUUGAGCAACUCAGGUCACUGAUAAAGUGGAAGGACUGAGACACUGUGGUCACAGAUCCCAGCAGCGCAACUCACAUUCCAUGUGACGGUCCACAUUCUGCUGCUCUUAUCUACCCAUGUGGUCAUUGAGAGCCUUUCUCAGAGACGCUUCUGUGUGUUUGAUUGUGCCCAGGUGGCGCAGGGCUAGCUGGCUCUAACGACUAGUGUGACAGCCUCCAAUCAGAAAGGCAGGCAAGAGGACAGAGUGAGGAGAAUGGGCAGAUGCUGGCAGAAAUGAAAGUGAAGGGAUCACGAAAGAGCUCUUCCUGAUUCUCUUUUCUUUUUUUCUAUUACAAGGCAUUGAACUUGGCACUUCCUCUGUUCUUUUGUGAUCACUAUUGAGUGCAUUAGUUGACGCCCAAGGGGAUGGCUUGAUUGGGGAUGUAGUGAAAGGAGCUGAUCUACUGUAAUGUAACGUCAAACAGCGACAGCCAGUUAUUUUGUAAGACUGUAAGAUGUUCAUUAAAAAAUCAGCACACAAAAU